AUGGUCGCGUUAACGCAGCAAAUGAAGCUGAGAGCUCAAUGGGCCAUGCUGAGGCGGAUCUGGGCUGACCCGGACCGACGGCGUUUGAUCGUGCGUCUGCUGUUCAGCGGUGUGACGGGAGCUCUGACGGUGGCGAUUCUAAACGAGACUUUCAAGGGCAUGUGCAGUACACCGUGGGAAGCUGUGCGCUUAAUGGUGCGCUUGGUCGCCAUCGUCUGCUCAACCAUCGUCGGAUUCGUGGCGCGAGGUUGCAAGCCUAAAUUCAAGAGCUGGACGCUUAGCUUUGAGGUCCUGCGAGCUGUCAUCCGAGAAUGUACUCGACCUCCUCAUGGUGUGCGCAUGGUGGUCAAUGCCAAGCACGCGCGUUUGAUCCGUUCACAGAGUGCUGCGUUUGGUACCGCUCUCGGAUGGUUCGCUUGUCGACAGUACGGCCGGCUUCUCGAACCAGUACACGCCAACGGACUGGAGCAUGUGUGGCUCCGAUCCACUGCUGUAUCAACGCCUACGACUAAACGGUUCGUAGUGCUCUACGUCCACGGCGGUGGUUUCGCAGUCAUGAGUCCGAGACUCUACAUCUCGUUUGGAGCGACCCUCGCCGCCGCCAUCGAGAAGGAGCUCCAUCAACAACUUGGUACCAGCGAAUCUGUUCAAGUCGACGUCUUCCUCGGUAACUACCGCAAGGCACCGGAGCACUGCUUCCCUACGCCUCCUGAAGAUACCGUCGCUGCGUACAAGCAUCUGCUCCAUACAGAGGGUAUCCCUCCAGAGCAGAUCAUCCUUGCCGGUGACAGUGCUGGUGGCGGUCUGGUGAUGUCAACUUUGCUAAGAAUGCGAGACACCAGCAGAGCGCACUUGCCUCUUGCUGCCAUCCUAAUCUGCCCCGCCGUUGAUCUGUCGGAGAUUGAAACCCAUGGCGACUCCGAAGUGAAGUCAGCGCAUUGCAUUCUGUCACCGGAGAUGAUCGCAGCUGGACGACGAGGAUACCACACGACGGCGUCGGACCCGACGACGUGGGCGGACGCAUCGUCCGUUCACUGCGAUCUGCGUGGACUUCCCCCCGUGUUUGUCCAAGCUGCAAGCCUCGACUACAUCUAUCAGCACUCCAUCGGACUGGCUCAAAAGGCAGAAGCUGAUGGAGUGACCAACUGGGAGCUGGACGUUCAUGAGGACCUGCCGCAUGUGUUCGCUAUUUUUCCGUCCUACGUGCUGCCGUACGCACAGAUCGGCGUGCAGAGGGCGGCAGCGUUCGCAGCUAAGCACUUCGCCAAAGCUUCUAGUGGUGAUAACACUACGAACGAGAACGUAGUUGCAUCGGCAGCUUAGUUGUUUCGAUCGUAUGAAGAAGUAAUGACAACUUCAACG